CCGGCCGCCCCGGCUCUUCCGGCGGCGGCGGGAGGAGGAGCCGCUGCCGGGGAAGGUGACCCGGCGGCGGGCGGGCGGGGGGCCAUGGUGCUGCCGAGACCGGCUGCGCUCGUGACACUGAUGAGAGCCGCGGGGGCCGGCGGGCGGCGGCGGGGGUGGGGUGUCCGGGACCCCCCGGGGCUUUCGCACAUCCCUUCGCUCCCGUCCGCCCCCCCGGCGCGGCGCCGCUCGGCCCCCCCGCAGCCGGCCAUCGCCGCCAAGCAGCCCUUCCCGGUGGAGCUGAAGGCGGGGAAGAAAUACGCGUGGUGCGCCUGCGGGCACAGCAAGAGCCAGCCCUUCUGCGACGGCACCCACAAGAAAGCGACCCCGGGGAUCUCCCCGCUACGCUUCACCCCGGAGGAGGACAAGACGGCCUGGCUCUGUGGGUGCAAGCGCACCCGCUCCCCCCCGUACUGCGACGGCACCCACAAGGAGGAGGCCGUGCAGGGCGCCCAGCUCUCGGCACAGCCCUGACACCGCCGCACCCCGCGGGGACGGAGCCCACGGAGCUCCGGACACUGGCAUGUUCAGCCCUCUCGGGCACCUGAGGAGAUGCUCAGCUCCCACCCCAAUUAACCCUAAUCACUGAGCCCUGAGGGCUCCCACCAGCUGCAGAAAACCAGCCUCACCCCACCAUGGGGGCAGCAAUUUUGCCUUCAGCCCCGCUGGGGCCCUGCCAGGGAUAAGGAAGGCUCAGCAGUGGCCGGGGAAAAAAAUAAUCCACUGGAUAAGGGGACUUUGAGGAGCGGUUCUGCGUUGGCAGAGCUGCGGGUGCCCGUGGGGACGCGGGACGGAGGCACCCGCGCAGCUGCAUCCGUACAGCAGGCGAAGGGAAGGACAGUCUGCAGCAUUUAUUACAUUUACAAAGCUGUAUAGUUAUACAAAUGUUUAACCAAUAACGAUAUAUGAAUAUCAGAAUAUAUUACAAGACAUUAAAACGUCGUACAGGAUGCAAACAUA